CCCUCCUUUGUGUUCGACGUUUUUGGGAUCAUUCCUUCACUUCAUACCUACUUUAACGCACUAUACAACGGACUGUAUAUUUCUUAUAAUUAUAUCCCUUAGUUCUCAUCUCAGAAGUUUGUUAUUGCAUUUCUGUCAUGGCUAGCGGCGGGAACCACCUGCACCGAGAGAAGCGCCAACCGAGUGCAUCGGAUUGGGAAAAGAGCAAAGACGACUUCGAUCGUUUUUAUAUCCAUGAAGGGAAACCACUACACGAAGCCCAAGCUGAGAUUCAAAGACUGCAUGGCUUCCAAACCAGCCGCACAUCUUGGCAAACCAAGAUUUCCGAAUGGGGAUUCGGGAAGAAUAUAUCGGCUGAAACGAUGCAAUACAUUGUCCGUGUAGUCGACCAACGAGAUGGAGAAGGGAAAGCUACCAACGUCUUCUUCAAAAACAUUGAAGUUAAACGGCAGAGAAUUGAGAACUUCAAGAGCAAAGGGACACAAAAAAGAGCAGCUUCAAGAGCAAUACCUCCCCACGUUCGUUUCGAGACACCAAUUCCCGACGAUGGUUUUUCUUUGGAGGAAACAUCUGAUCAAGGCACUGCUUACCAUUCAUUGACGACCAAAGCUCCAAGCUCCUCUCUGGAUCAUGCGAGCUCCCAAACACAGGAUGGCAAGAAUACAGGCUUCUCCAACACUCGCGAACAAGUAGCUCGAGAGACAUCUUGGGCAAUCACCAAAAGCAGAUCAACCGGACAAGGGCUGUCGGUUACUUCAACACCGUCAGAGAUCGCCGGUUAUACACCGGGUCUUAAACGCAAGAGAGAUCGAACUUCUGGGGUAUUCAGUCCACCCACUGUCUAUUUAGCACACCUAACGAUGAUAGGAGACCUGUGAGGAGCUCGUCGAAUUUGAUUCAAAGCGAUCUACAGUGACAAGAACUUCUCCGGAAUGUCCCGAGGUCGAGGGGGAAGAGGACGCCUGGUUAUUGUUUCCAUGUGUUUCUGAGACAGAAAACGAUAUCCCUGCCAAUUUAUGCCCCUCAGAAGUGUCAAUUCUUGGGUAUGUCGACGAAUGGCUAUCAGAUAAACAUCGACCGCGCUCCCUUCUCCAUUUCUCACACGAACUGGGUGACCAUGGAGAUGGCAUAACUCAUCACCACAAAGCCAUAGUGGAAGAACUCUCAGAAUUCGAAGGGGCAUGGAACGAAACU